GUAGCCUAGGUUUAAUCCAUAAGUAGGUUGCAGUUGCUUUACUUGCAUAAAUAGUGCUUUUUAAUUUUUUGGGCUCAAUGAACGAAAUUCAAAAUGGAUAGCAAUGCAGAAUUAAAGAAAGAGGUAGGCCUUUUAUUAAUGAUAAAGGGAAAAAUAGCCUAAUGUUUGAUGAAGAUAUCUGCACAAAAUGGAUGAACUGUAACCGGUGUGUGAGAGAGAUGCGUUUCGGUGCAUAUUCAAUGGUUACUGUGUCUAAAGAGUGCAGAGUUUCCCACUCGUAAAAAAUAGAAAAGUCUGUAAUGCAAUGUUAUGCUCAGACGAGGGGACACUGGGUCAUCCAAGGAACAACUGAUCAAUUGUAUUAUCCUCACUAUAUUUACUGCGCAACCCAAACACAUCCUCGAAAGGCACUCCGCUUGAGGAUGAGUAGGCUACAUUAGCCUAGGAGAGAGCAACUUUUGCACUUGUAGUAAGAUAAAUGCCUUUUGCUAGACAGCAAAACCUGUAUACAAUCUGAAGUUGUACAUAGAUAAAACAAAAAACAGGACUCAAAAUGACUAAAGGAGAUACGGAAUAUCAACUUUUGCUUGAAGGCAGCACAGGAACAAAAGAGAAAAUUAAGCGUCCGAACAAAUCCCUUCUACUGGCAAUUUGUGCAGCUUGCAUUGGCGGGACCUUUCAAUAUGGUUAUAAUAUUUCCAUCAUCAAUGCCCCCACCAAGUCUGUGCAGAAUUUCAUCAACCAAACCUGGCUGGAGCGCUAUGAUGAGGACAUCUCAGAGAAAUACCUCACUCUGCUGUGGUCCAGCAUCGUGUCCAUUUUCACAAUAGGAGGAUUUGUUGGAGCAACUAUAGGUGGAACAAUGGCCAUUAGAUUUGGGAGAAAAGGGACACUAAUGAUGAACAACGCAUUUGCCUUACUGGCUGCUCUGUUGAUGGGCCUGAGCUACCCCACUGGAUUAUUUGAACUGCUCAUCGUUGGACGAUUUUUCACAGGAGUAAAUGCGGGCAUCGGCAUAUGCGUUCAGCCACAGUAUCUGGGGGAAAUCGCCCCAAGGGCACUUCGUGGUGCCAUGGCAAUGGGGACUUCUGUUUUCAUCACCGGGGGCAUCCUUACUGGACAGGUGAUUGGGCUUAAUGAGCUCCUGGGUAAAGAAGAGCACUGGCCCUUCCUGCUCUGCACCACCUGUAUCCCAGCGGUCCUGCAGCUCCUCAUACUGCCCUGGUUCCCAGAAAGCCCUCGCUACCUGCUGAUCGACAGAGGGGAUGACGUUGGAUGUAGAAACGCGAUGAAGCAACUCCACGGCACGGAUAACUUUGAUCGCGAGCGGGAAGACAUGGAGAGGGAGAGGAUCAGCGCCAUGGGCAUUAAACCCAAGAAGCCCUGGCAGCUGUUCAUGGACCGCAGCCUCCGCUGGCAAGUCCUCACCAUCAUCCUGCUCAACGCUGCCCAGCAGCUCAACGGCAUCAACGCUAUUUAUUUUUAUGCAGAUUAUGUGUUUGAGGAGGCCGGAAUUCCAGAGGUUAACAUACCCUACGUAACUGUGGGCACAGGAGCCUGUGAAUGCCUCACUGCCCUUACCUGUGGCAUGCUGAUCGAAUCUCUGGGACGAAAAGUGCUCAUCAUCGGAGGGUACACCCUAAUGGCUUUCUGGUGCAUUUGCUUCACUCUGACCCUCACCUUCCAAGGAGCAGGCCUAUGGAUGCCUUAUCUUAGCAUGGGAUGCGUCUUUGCUUUCAUACUCAGCUUUGGUUUGGGACCAGGUGGUGUGACAAACAUCUUGACCACAGAGUUAUUCACACAAACCACACGGCCUGCUGCAUACAUGAUCGGAGGGUCCGUGAACUGGCUCAGCUUCUUCUUCAUUGGCAUGGUGUUUCCAUUUAUUGUGACUAAGCUGCAGCAGUACUGUUUCCUGGUGUUCUUGGUGAUUUCGGUCUUGGUUGCUGUAUACAUAUUCCUGGUAGUCCCUGAGACCAAGAACAAAACCUUCCUGGAGAUCCAUACGGAGUUCCAGUCCGGAGACAAGAGGAAGGCUUCAAAAGCAGAUGACGGCCCAAGGACAACAUUGUUGUCAACCCCUCUGUGAAACACAGCUCCAGUGUUUGCUGCAAGGACUUUUUUUUUUUACAUUAAAAUUUUUAGUCAUUUAGCUGACGCUCUUAUCCAGAGCGACUUACAGUUA